AUGACGAUUGAGUCAUCAGACCCUGCGGUCACCCGACAGUACGUGGACCCUACCACGAAGGCAGCGGACCUGCCUACGUUACUAGCACCAAUCAAACCACAGCUUACGGAUCACGCUGCUGGAGCGACGUCAAUUGCUCACCUUACUGCCGCGCAGCAGAAGCUGUAUCAAUGGGAGUACGAGCGAUGGGAGCGCAAGGACCUUGACAAGACGAUCGCUGCAAAGCACCUUUACUUGAUCGAGAACAAGGACACGCUAUACGAGCGACUGACGACGCUCAAGAAGCACCUUGCACCGUCCGACGCAACACGACAACGCGAUCUAAUCGCACGAUACAAAGCCCUUCAGACGCCGCCACGCAGUAGAAAAGUUGAGGAGUGGCUACGCUCUUGGGUGGAGGUCACCAACAUGUGUAUCUCUGCAGAAGUUCCUGAGACAAUAGGAUCAAGGGCACAAGAAGAUUUCCUUGUCGCCUGCAGAACGAUCGAUCCUGAGUAUGGUACAUCAGGCCUGCGAGCCCUGAUCGACCUGGAGGACGCUGGCACUGCCAUCCCAUCAGUGGAAGACUACGUCAGCAAGUUCACGACCUACCUCAAGCGUGUGCGACCCACAGUCCGCAACAAUCAAUUAAAGCACCCACGAAGGCCGAAGACCUACGCCAAUGCACUUGGCCGAAAGAAGCUCGACGCCGCCCUGGCCGCCGACAACGACUUGAGAGACAAGAUCAACAAGGCGCUCGACAAGUGGCGCGCAAAGCAGCAAGAGAGUGGAGGGAGCAUCGCCAUAGACGAUGGCAACCGUCCCACAAGACCUACAGCGAACACUGUACGAUACAUAAUCAGAGUUGCUAUCAGUCAGUUCAGUCAGUCCGGAGCUCUCUGGACUGACUGA